AUGACUAUUACUGACAACCGUUGCUUUCUGGACAAUAUUGGUCCCCAUGACCAGCAGCUCGCCACUGAUAGGCUUGUAGCUGUCAAUGGGGUAUGCAAUCCCAAUGGUAGGCAGGAUGGUGGUACCUUUACCCGCACCGCCGUAGCCCCUGAUGACGAUGCUGGGUCAGGACCAUUCGAAACGAAUGGCCGCCAGACCGAGGCAGACCCCGAUGAUCAUGACGGCCGCAAAUGGGCCCAGAGCAGGAAGCCGCAUUUCUGCCUCGCGGAUGCCGCCGUCUCGAACUGUCGCUGUUUUGAUCACCCAAUCAGACAGAGUGCCGUGGCUAGCAUGCCAAUCAGAGCGCUGAUUGCAAAAGCGGAACUCGUGUAG